GGAGUCCACAUCCAAAGCGCAACAUGUCUCAACGAGAGUCUUCAUUGGCACGAGCGAACAAAGAUUCACAGAUUACUUGACGAACAUGCAUGGAUUGGCUCUACCUCUGACACCACCCACCACCCUCCCCUGUUUCUCCCACCUCUGCUUUAGAUCUCUUCCUCACCUUUCGCUUCUCUCUUUGCAAAACCAAACCAGAUCUUCGAGACCCAUCUGCAGGUUCUGGAGUUACAAGCAGAAAACAAGAAGUAGUAGUGUUUCCCCUUUGAGAGCGAGUCGCAGAGAGUCUCCUUAUGAGGUUUUGGGGGUGCCUCCCUCUGCAACUCCGAAUGAAAUCAAAAGGGCUUAUCGUAAACUUGCUCUAAAGUAUCACCCAGAUGUCAACAAGGAGGCAAAUGCACAGGAGAAAUUUAUGAGGAUUAAACAUGCAUACAAUACAUUACUGAGUUCUGAAUCUCGGAGGAAAUAUGACACUGGAAAUCGCAGAUCUGAUUAUUCCUAUUCUGGUGGUCAAAGAAGCCAAAGUACGAAAACACAAGAUGAAGAAGAAGAGUUUUAUGGGUUUGGUAAUUUUUUCAAGGAUGUUCAAAUAACAAUAGAGGACUUCUUGAGAGAUCUUCAAGGAGAAUUCCAGAAUUGGGAAGCGAGUGCUACUUCACAAGGAAAGCCAAAAAGCCUAUGGGAAGAAUUGGCGGAAAUUGGAGAAGAAUUUGUGGAAUUUCUUGAGAAAGAACUCAACAUAACUGAUCAAGAGGUUGAAUCGUACAGCUCUGAUGAAGAACCUCAGAAAGGCAAUCCUUUUAGAACGUCUGGGACAGAGAGAACAGAAAAUAGUAGUAAAGAUAAAGCUGGCAAGGGGAGCAGCAUUGAGGAGAAUAUUGAUGAGAUAGAAGCUACCCUUGCUCAAUUGAAGAAGGAAUUGGGUUUAUAGCAGGGAAAUGCAGCUUUGCUUUCACCCGCCAUUGGAAGAUGAUCAAGUUUUGUUGCCAUCUUAAACAGUUGAGUAAUUUCACUUUUACAACAUAUCUUGAAGUGACUUUUAAGGCCCCAUUUGCAUCCAUUUAUAGAAGAGUUUCAGAGGGAAGGUAUGCGAAAAGUACAAAGACUUUGAGACAUUGACCUUGUGAGGCAUGAGCUUGUAAAGGUAGUAGAUUUUAUGCUUAGAGUAGAACGAUUUGUAAUUAAAAUUCUUCUUUUGGCUACAACCAAUAGCAAGUGAUAACAUCAAUUACAAUUGGUUUAGAUAUA